AUGAAAACAUACUAUGAAGUUUUGAAUAUAUCUUCCACUGCCUCAUUAGAGGAUAUAAAAAAAGCAUACAAGGCAAAAUUAUUAGAAAAUCAUCCAGAUAAAACACCAACUCCUCAAAAUCCUCAACUUAUCCCUAUAAUAGUUGAAGCAUAUAAUACAUUGUCAGAUCUUACAAGGAGAGAUGAAUACGAUUCGAACAUUCAGAAUGAUCAUAAAGGGAAAGGGUUUAAUAUUGAUGGAGGAGGGUUAGACCUUUACAGUUUAGAUGAUUUUACUUAUGAGAAUGGGAUGUUUUUAAAAUCAUGUCCAAGAUGUGAACAUUCCAAUAGUAUGAUAUUGACUGAAGAGGAUCUCGAGAAUGGAACACCUGAUGAUAAUGAUGGAUUUGAUAUAAUUGUGCAAUGCUCCAGUUGUAGUUUAUGGAUUCAGGUAAAGUAUUAUGAAUCUGCAUAA